UCCCCGUUGUCGCCGCCACAAUGGCUUCACUGAACGUACUGGUGGCAUUGUCGCUGAUCCUGGAGGCGGGCGUGUAUGCCGUCCCACUGGGCGAACCAUCCCCUUCAGUUGGUCUCGCUGGUAACCCGAUUUGGAGUUACGAAGGAAUUAACGGUCCAGCCUUCUGGCACGAGGUAUUCCCGACAUGUGGUGGAAACAGUCAGUCACCUGUCGACCUCAAGAUAGAAAAUACAACCCACUGGUCUGGGCGCCGGCCGUUCACCUUCGAAAGGUACGAUGUAUCGCCUCCAUCUGUGACAAUGAAGAACAACGGUCAUACAGUGGUGACAACCUGGACCACCAAGGACAUGAAUAAACUUCCUUUCAUCAAAGGAGGUGGGCUGGAGGGCGAGUAUGUCUUCAGUAACUUCCACUUCCAUUGGGGCAGUGACGACUCCAAGGGAUCAGAACACACCUUUGAUGGUGACAGAUACGCGGCCGAGAUCCACCUGGUCCACUUCAAGAAGGACUAUGGCACUCUGGCAAACGCCCUCAAACAUAAGGACGGCCUGGUGGUGCUUGGGGUGAUGGUCGAGGCCGACGACAGUGACAAUGAGCGCCUCCAGUCCGUCGUGGACGCACUCGAGGAGGUCGUCGAGUUGGGAAUGGAAUUCCACCCAGACUACAGCAUACCCCUCGAUGCCCUUUUGCCCGAGGAGGAGGACAGACACACCUUCUUCCGCUACCAGGGCUCUCUGACCACGCCCACCUGCAACGAAGUGGUGACGUGGAUCCUCUUUCAGACGCCCAUCUCCCUUUCGAGUAGUCAGCUCGCCCAGUUCCGCACCCUCAUUGGACAAGACGGGCUGCAUCACCUUCAGGAUAACUUCAGGCCCAUCCAGCCCCUGAACGGCAGAGAGGUUGUAUUCGUAGACACGGGAAAUUACUGAAAAA